CAAACGGAUAAAACACUAACAACCAGACGUUAGUAUCUGUCCAGAGCUUUGAAACGGCCAUUCAUGAGUCAUGGCAUUGCCCGCCUCUCUAAGCAUUGCCAACACAACCGCCAUUGCAAUCUACCAAAAUAAAGCUCUGCGAAACCAAAGCCGUUUCCGAACCCCAAAUCAAAUCCGUUGCAUAGGAUGGGACCCAGAAGGCGUACUUGGCCCUCCUAAAACCGGCCACAUCGCCGGACUUGAGUUCCGGCGACGCCUUGAGAGAGACGCCGAAGCCAGAGAAGCCUUCGAGCGUGAAGUCCGUGAAGAGAAAGAGCGUCGCCGAGCUCUUCGAGAGUCUCGGGUUGUGCCGGAUACUCCAGCUGAGCUGAUAGAGUACUUUCUCGAUACCGAAGCUCGGGAGAUUGAGUUUGAGAUAGCAAGAUUGAGACUCCUAUUGAACCCGGAAUUUUUCUCACAUCUGCAGUUGGAACUAGGAAAGCUGCGUUUUGCCACGUCAAAAACUCAGGACAUGGAAGAUAGAUUGGUUGAGCUGGAAGCUCUGCAAAAGGCUCUGCAGGAAGGAACAGAAGCAUAUGAUAAAAUGCAAACUGACCUCGUAAGGGCAAGGGAGAGCCUGACAAAAAUCUUGACAUCAAAGGAUAUAAAAGCAACUUUACUGGAGAUGGUUGAGCGGAAUGAGAUCAACAGAUCCUUGUUGACACUUCUUGAUGAAAACAUAGCAAAUGCUCAUAAGGGUAACCAGAAACAAGCAGCAGAAUUUAUGGAAAAGCUCCGCGGGGCUGUGAUCAAAUACAUCACAGUUUAAUAUUCAGGUCGUAAAUAUUUUUAUCAUUUCCCAUGUUCAUACUUCGUAGCGAGUUAUUGGUUAAUGUCGACCAUACUGCUGCAUUGCUCAGAAAGGAUAAAUGUAUAAUGAUAUUGGAAAGAGCAGAUGUGUGUUGUAUUUUGACAUGAUUUAUGUGAAACUUGCGAUAUUACCACUCAUGGUGGUGAAAAACUUUCCGAAUGGUUAUGUUGAAUUUCAAGAAUAAUACUUAUGGUUUCUACAUUCAUUUCAAUUUCCAUGUGAACAUCAUCUUA